CAAAGAUCACAUGGUACUACAUGAUGGCGACAGGUAGAAUAGCUAAUUGUUUUCCAAAGGUACUGAACGUCAAUCGAACGCCAAGUCGACCUAAGAAACGGAAAACUGUUAAUCUAGUGUUCGACGAAGAAAAAAGACGCGAAUUCUUGGGAGGUUUUCACAAGCGAAAAUUACAGAGACAGAAAAAAGCUCAAGAGGAGUUGGAAAAACAACUUAAAGAAGAAAGGAAAAGAAUCAAACAAGAUGCACGUGAGAGUUACAAGAAGAUGCUGGUGUCUCGGAGAAGUAUUCCUGAGCUAGAUGAGCUGCUUUCUAAGGAAGAAUAUGAGGUUGAAGGACAUACUAUUAGUGUCUUGGAGUUGAACGCAGCUGAUUUAGCUGAGAAAAGUAACUGGAUUGGUGAAAAUAGAGUUUCACAUCUCAACGAGGAAGAGUGUAGUGAUGGCGGAACUGAGAGAGAUUGUACUGAUGCAGAAGAUGAAGUCAUAGGCAUGGAAUUGCGAACUAAGGAAACGGUUCCUAAAAAACAAGAUCAAUCCAGUGAAGCAGAUGUUAAAAAACCUGAUUUGCAUAUGAAAAAGACAGUAAAGCGGGUGAUCAGACAUCAAGCAAUGAAGCAAGUACAGAAAAGCAAAGUCUUUCAAUUAAAACAAAAAAUAGAACGGCGAGCAAAUAAGAAGAUUUCGUUACAAAAAAAAAUGUUGCGUGACAAAGUUGAUAAAAAGAAAAAACAUGGAGGGAAGGUCAAACGAAAUACACGUCGCUAGAGAACAUUUUCUUCA